GCUAGCGCCGGAGCCCGAGCGAGCGCUGCCGAGAGAAGCGAGCGGCCGGCGCCCUCCGUCGCGCCGCCUAGGAGAUGGCUGGCACCCGGGAACGCUCUGGGUGAAAGCCCAGCCUCUGUGGUUCUUAAUGCCUCAGCAGGAUUAUUUUCACUAAAGAUGGAAACACUGGAGUCUGAAUUGACCUGUCCAAUCUGCCUAGAGUUGUUUGAAGACCCCCUUCUGCUCCCGUGUGCUCAUAGCCUCUGCUUCGGCUGUGCCCAUCGCAUCUUGGUCUCCAGCUGCAGUUCUGGUGAAUCCAUUGAACCCAUUACUGCUUUCCAGUGUCCUACGUGUAGGUAUGUUAUCUCACUGAACCACCGGGGGCUGGACGGCCUCAAGAGGAAUGUGACCCUGCAGAACAUUAUUGACCGCUUCCAGAAGGCUUCAGUAAGUGGGCCCAACUCCCCAAGUGAGAGCCGCCGGGAGAGGACUUACAGGCCCAGCACCACCAUGUCUAGUGAGCGAAUUGCUUGCCAAUUCUGUGAGCAGGACCCUCCCCGGGAUGCAGUGAAAACAUGCAUCACCUGUGAGGUCUCCUACUGUGACCGUUGCCUGCGGGCCACGCACCCCAACAAGAAACCUUUCACCAGCCACCGGCUGGUGGAACCAGUGCCAGACACGCACCUUCGAGGGAUCACCUGCCUGGACCAUGAGAAUGAGAAAGUGAACAUGUAUUGUGUAUCUGAUGACCAAUUGAUCUGUGCCUUAUGCAAACUGGUGGGGCGUCACCGAGACCAUCAGGUGGCAUCCCUGAAUGAUCGAUUUGAAAAACUCAAGCAAACCCUGGAGAUGAAUCUCACCAACCUGGUUAAGCGCAACAGCGAACUAGAAAAUCAAAUGGCCAAACUAAUACAGAUCUGUCAACAGGUUGAGGUGAACACUGCUAUGCAUGAGGCAAAACUUAUGGAAGAAUGUGACGAGUUGGUAGAGAUCAUCCAGCAGAGGAAGCAAAUGAUUGCUGUCAAAAUCAAAGAGACAAAGGUUAUGAAACUGAGAAAGUUGGCACAGCAGGUUGCUAAUUGCCGCCAGUGUCUUGAAAGGUCAACAGUCCUCAUCAACCAAGCUGAGCAUAUCCUGAAAGAAAAUGACCAGGCACGGUUUCUACAGUCUGCAAAAAAUAUUGCUGAGAGGGUCGCUAUGGCAACUGCAUCCUCUCAAGUUCUGAUUCCAGACAUCAAUUUUAAUGAUGCCUUUGAAAAUUUUGCUUUAGAUUUUUCCAGAGAAAAGAAAUUGCUGGAGGGGCUAGAUUAUUUAACAGCCCCAAACCCACCAUCUAUCCGAGAAGAACUCUGUACAGCUUCCCAUGACACCAUUACAGUCCACUGGAUCUCGGAUGAUGAGUUCAGCAUCAGCUCCUAUGAGCUUCAGUACACCAUAUUCACUGGCCAGGCUAACUUCAUCAGUCUAUAUAAUUCAGUGGAUAGUUGGAUGAUCGUGCCCAACAUUAAACAGAACCAUUACACAGUACAUGGACUCCAGAGUGGGACACGCUACAUCUUCGUUGUUAAAGCCAUAAACCAAGCAGGCAGCCGGAACAGUGAACCUAUGCGACUAAAAACAAAUAGCCAACCCUUUAAACUGGACCCGAAAAUGACUCACAAGAAGUUGAAGAUCUCUAAUGAUGGAUUGCAGAUGGAAAGGGAUGAAAGCUCUCUGAAGAAGAGCCAUACUCCAGAGAGGUUUAGUGGCACCGGGUGCUAUGGGGCAGCAGGAAAUAUAUUCAUUGACAGUGGCUGCCACUAUUGGGAGGUGGUCAUGGGCUCCUCAACAUGGUAUGCUAUUGGUAUUGCCUACAAAUCAGCUCCAAAGAAUGAAUGGAUUGGAAAAAAUUCCUCUUCAUGGGUCUUCUCUCGCUGCAAUAGUAACUUUGUGGUGAGACAUAACAACAAGGAGAUGCUUGUGGAUGUGCCCCCGCAAUUGAAGCGUCUGGGUGUCCUCCUGGAUUAUGACAACAACAUGCUGUCCUUCUAUGACCCAGCUAAUUCUCUUCAUCUCCAUACUUUUGAUGUGACCUUCAUUCUUCCAGUUUGUCCAACAUUCACAAUCUGGAACAAAUCCCUAAUGAUUCUGUCUGGCUUGCCUGCCCCAGAUUUUAUUGAUUACCCUGAGCGGCAGGAAUGUAACUGCAGGCCUCAAGAAUCCCCUUACGUUUCUGGGAUGAAAGCUUGCCAUUAAGUUUCAAGAGAGCAUGUAACUCACUGGCUCUCCAGUCUAGCAGUCUUUUUCCCUCCCAAACCUCAGUUAGUGUUCAAUAUAUGCGAUACAAAAUAAAGUUUGUUUGAAGCAUCCAAAAUAACUAGAUAUUAUAGAUUUAAUUUUUGUGCAUUAAAGCUUGUAUCUGAAUUAAUGUAUUGAGUUUCUCAGAAUAAAUUAUCUGCAUAGUCUGGUUUCAAGCCACUGGAGAAGUUUAGGGACUGCCUCUCUUGUCAUUGGAGAAUUAAAAAUUCCCAGUGAUUUAGGAGUAUAAAUGAUAUUGGAAGGAAUUAGGGUAAUUCUAGGUAAAAAACAUAGGAAGGGGUUCUGAGCAAAGGGCUAGCCAGCUGGGGGUAGGUGGGAGGGAGGUCAGGCUUUUUAGUCCUGGCCAAUUUGGCCAAGUAGAAUUUUGAACAAUGUCAAAUUAUAACAUGUUUAUACAUAGCUUUUGAUAAAAACCUACAAUCGAGGGUUUAUUAUAAUGAAAACAUGUAUGUGUAUACAUAAUAUAUAGUGAAUAAAUAAUAUAUGAUAUAUUCAUUAUAUAUAUUAUAUAUACAUAAUAAACAUUUUAAUUUGCUCAUUUGAGUGAGAAACGUACUGAAAGGGAAAAUAAACCAUCCAUUUUUGUCCCCUAAAGAGAACAACAAAAUCAGUCAACAUCUCUCAUUUCCCUUCAUCCAUCCCUUCUUCCCUCCUGUCCCAAACACAUACACAAACAAUCAUGACGUAGGUAAUGGGAAGAGCUCUAGGUAGGAUUAGAAGUGAUUUGGGGGGCAAGAUUGCACAAGAGAUGCUAUUAUUAGAAAAUUGAUUCAGGUAGAAGUGUUUGUAGCAAAACUUCACUGAUGAUGCUACUCAAUGGAGAAGGUCAGUCUGAAUUGCUGAAAAUUCUGUUACAGAAUAUUUUAAAGAAAAACUGUUUUAUGACUCUUGAAUAUAUACAGUUACUAGAAUUAGGUUUAAAAAAGUUUACAUAAUGGAGUUUCUUUAGGAACCUGCUUUAAUUAAUCAGUAAGAAUGGAGCACUAUAUAUGCAACAACUAUUUGCAUAUAAAUGUGCGUAUAUUUACUGAUAAAACACUUCUGAAGUGCUUGAGAAUGCCUGCAAACAAUUUGUGUUUUCUUAAGUAGAUUAGAUAAUCAUUCCUCUUGCAAUCUUGUUUACACUAUUCAUUGGCUUAGCCAAACCUGCGUGACAAAUGCAGAGGUAAAUUUCAUCCCAGUCCUCACCAGCAUAGUUGAAGUGAAUUGAGCUUUAUGGUGUGGGCUUUUGCCAGUUCCGUUUCAGGGACUGAGGAUGUCUGAGAACCAGAGCCUUCUCCUUUCCAGGAGCUAAAUCUGCUUCAUAGAGUCUACUCUUUGGGAACUGUGAAAAUAUUACUGCUGUUACAAAGUGGUAGCUGUAACAACUCCCCAGAUUGGCGCUUCUCCCUUCUGCAUUUCCACCAGGUGGGCGAACAUUCAUUUAUUAAUUCAUUCAACAAACUACAACAUGCCAAGUACCGUACUACUUCUGUGGGAGUGCACAUAGUACUAUUCUGUAGAAGAGAAAAAGUAAAUGUAAAUCCCCCAAAUAACAGCUAUUAUUAACAAUGUUUAUUUCUCAAACAGAAAGCAAGAAUGAGGUAGAUAUAGAAGGCUAGAUCGGACUUACAUAUCUAGUGACAAGGCAAGGUUUUGGGUUUCAAAGACCAUGUGUACUUACUGUUAAUCAGGAAGUUAACAACCUCAGUAAGAUUCAGCAUGAUGGUAAGUAGUGUACUGUGAUGGAAAGCUCGUUGCCUUUGGACUGAAAUAAUCUCAGUUCCUCCACCAUUUACUAGUGGUGUGGCGUAGGGCAAGUCACUUCACUUCUCCGAGCCUCAGUUUCCUCUUCUGUAAAAUAAUACCUACCUCACAAGGUGGUUGCAAAAAUUUAAAAAGACUGCAUAUUUAAACUGCCUAGCACAGCACCUGGCACUUGGUAAGUGUGCAAUACAUAUUAAUCCCUUCUCCCCCCAGCCCCAAUACAGUGUAGUGGUGCUUUAAAAAUUGUGUGUCCUUCGUUUCUAAGUUACCCUGGUUUCUCCCCUAGGGCCUAUAUAAAAAUUCUUAAACACAACAAAUGAUGCUUUUCCCUUUCAUAAAAUCAUUCACCGCCUUCCAUAAGUAGAAGGUAUCAACUCCCUAGUGUCUGGCUUUUCGAGAUCCUGCUUGCUUUCCCAGCUUCAUCUUUUGCUACUUUCCCUUUCAACUAUUUAUAUAGUUGUUUUCUGGGCCUGGAUCAAAGAUAUUUUUAAAUUUUUUGAUGCCCAGGGUAAACAGUAGGACUUGUCUUUAAAAUAAAGGAAGAUUAUGAAAAUGCUGGAAGCACAGAGCACCCACACCCUAGUCCAAUUUCUUUUCCCUUGCCCUUAGACCUUCCACACCCAUGUUUUGUACCCUUUAGACUUUAGUGCCCUGGGGCAAAGCUCCAAUUUCCCCACCCUUUUGGACUACCAUUUCCUACCCCCACCCCUCUCAACCAGGUUAACUCCUGACUCCCUAGACUGGUUUAUGUGGCACCCUGAGCAUCCCCUCAUCUCUGGUAGUAACUGUAUUGUAUAGCAGCAUUUUCCAAAGUGUGGUCCUUAGACCACCUACAUUAGAAUCAGCUUUGGUGUUUGCUAGAACAACAGAUGCCUACCCCCUUCCCUGGCCUUAUUUAAUUUAGAGUAGGAAUUUACAUUUUUAACAAGCUCCCCAAGUGAUUCUGAAGCACACAAAAGUUUAAUGUAUAUUAAUUAUUUUCUCUAUUGGACUGUUAAUUCUUUGACGGCAAAGAUUGCGUGUUUCAUUGUUAUUGUUGUAUUUUUAACACCUGGCAUAAUGUCUGUAACAGAGUAGUUUCCUGGCUAAUGUUUAUUGAAUGAAUGAAUGAUCAAGGCUUCCUCUUGUACUCUGAUGUCCAUGCUGGUCUUUGUUAUUUCCUGGGCAGAAAAGCUCGGUUACCCCUUCAUUUGGCCUGCAUUAAGACUAUUUCACAGAUACACCAGGGCUCAUACAUAUAAAUGACCAUUGCCUCCCUCAAAAGCCCUUUGGAAAUUAUCUUGGGGAAUUGUCUUUGGAGCAUGUGGCACCAUUCUUUUCAAUCUUUUCAAAUUUUGUCUUUGAAGGUGGAUUUAAGUUUUGGUUAUAGCCCCCAUUCAGAGCAAAGCCUAUUAAAGUGGGAAAUUAAACAGGAUUUGGGAUAAACAAGUUUGACUCAAGUCCCGGCUUCUGAGCCAAAUAAUGAAAAGUGCAUUCCAAGAUACAACAUGGGGGCAAAGUACUCAGUAGGGGUGUGGUGAGUCCUAGAUAUAUACUUCAGUAAAUAUAAGACUUUCAAAGAAUCCUAGUAAUGCCAAGGACCUUAGGAGUAGUCAUUGACUACUUCUUGCUAAACCCAGUUAAACAAAGGGAAUAGGGCCUGUAUUUAACAUCUUCAGGGAAUAUGACUUGAUAAAUAUUUUUCGUUAUUGCUCUACUCAAUCCACUACCCUACAACCUUUCUUCUAGCAAAGCAUUCUUUUCAUCUGCAAUUUAUUUUCACCUUUUUAUAUUGUCUUACUGAAGAAAGCACAAAAAUAAUAAAAAUAAUUAAACUUGUUUUGAGAAUAUGAAAGAAAUUUUAAUGCCACAUUGGGGUCCUGACUACUUGUAAGAGUUACUGCAUCUGGAUGUGUUUUUGUCAUGUAAUUCCAUCGUGCAAUUUUGGAUGCAGUGAAAUUCAGAUUGCAGCAAAAUCAGUUAUAUUUUCUUUUCAGCUAAAACACAUUAGGUGAAUUUUUUAAAAUUUCAUGGUGUGUGUGUGUGUGUGUAUAUAUAUAUAUACACACCUGGCUGGAUCUAUCCAUGGAUGGAUUUUUUGAUAAGCUCAAAUAUUUGAUAUCUUUUCCUCCAAGGAAUGGGUGAAUGUGAGGCAUGUAUAUAAGAAUAUAUAAGAACCACUCCCACACUUAUUUCUAGCUCCUGAAGCCAACUUACAGCCUCUGAGCCACUGGGCUGUAUUUGGCCAUGGUAUUACAGGUUGUCCAGAUUGGCUGCCAUCAGAUCAGGUAAAACUGAAGUUGGCCUGCCAACUUCAGACAUAUGCUGUAUUGUUAUUGGCUGGACUAUUUAUUUGACUAUUGUUGGAUUAUUUUUUACCAAAUGCUUUACCCCUUGUUUGUACUGGGAGUUUUGGUUUCUCCUAGUGACAGAAAUCUGAGUAUAUGCGGAUUACACAGUCUCACCCCUCUCUAAAAUAUCCCAGACCAUUCA